AAUGUUUUUGGCUUUGUUGUUCAUAUUUUUCAUGGCACGAGGGAUUAUCAUAGUGGAUGCAAACUUUGGUAAAAGCAUGUAUCUCACAUGGGGUACCCAACAUGCUUCAAUUCAGGGUGAAGAUCUUCAGCUUGUGUUAGAUCAAACUUCAGGUUCUGCUGCUCAAACAAAGAUACCAUUCUUAUUUGGAAGUAUAGAAUCGAAAAUCAAACUGGUACCUAAUAAUUCUGCAGGAACUGUUACAGCCUAUUAUCUAUCCUCUACAGGAAGUCAACAUGAUGAGAUAGACUUUGAGUUCUUAGGCAACAUUUCAGGACAACCAUAUAUUGUCCACACAAACAUAUAUACACAAGGAAAUGGAAGCAAAGAGCAACAAUUUUACCUUUGGUUUGACCCUACCGCUGAUUUUCACAAUUACACCAUUCAUUGGAACCCCACUCAAGUUGUGUGGUAUAUUGAUAGCAUACCGAUUAGAGUUUUUAUGAACAAUGAAGAGGAGGGCAUAGCAUACCCAAACAAGCAAGGAAUGAAAGUAUACACAAGCCUAUGGAAUGCAGAUGAUUGGGCCACAAGGGGUGGUUUGGUGAAGACUAAUUGGACCAAUGCACCAUUCAUUGCAAGGUUGAACCGUUUCAGAGCAAGGGCUUGCAAAUGGAAUGGACCAAUUAGCAUAAACAAUUGUGCCUCUAAUGUCCCUUCUAAUUGGUGGACUUCACCCAUUUACAAGCAAUUAAGCUAUGCACAGAUGGGUCAGUUAUAUUGGGUUAGAAACAAUUACAUGAUCUAUGAUUACUGCAAAGAUACCAAGAGAUUCAAUGGUCAAGUGCCUCCUGAAUGUUUUAAGACACACUUCUAA